UGGCCGGGGCUCGGACGCCUGGGUCCACCUUCCCUUCCCGGGCUCCCUGGGUGACCUUGAAUUUGCCCUCGGGCAUAGACCGCCCCCCCGGGUUGGGUACCGGGGCUGACCUUGCUCGUGACCCCUCCUGGCGUGCGGAGGGGCGGGGGGCGUCACCCGGGGUCUCUCCAAAUAGCCGUGGAAAAGCCAAACGGAAGUCGUCCUUAUCCGAAGCGGAAUUGAGGACUAGAGAUACAAUCCAACCUGGUCUUCAUGGUCACCUCUAGCCCUGACUCCUCCUUCCCCAGUCUAAGCCAGAAGUGUGGACUUGGUCCAGCCACAUGCGUAAUGGAAAAGAAGCAACAACUACAGCACAUCCUAGUUGAAACAAGUUCAAGGAUUUGAUAUGAAGCACAGAAGCAGAUAGUGCAUAUAGCAAGCCAUAGCUGGAAUACUUUUUAAACUUGCUUAAAAUUAUCUUAAUGGUCUCUGAGAUGUGCAACUAAAAGUUUGGAAAUAAAUCCCUCAGGUAAAGCUUCAGGCUGGGAAAGCAGUGUCCGUGCUCUUAUGUACAGCUCCAAAAAAACAAAAAAAAAAUCAGAUCUGUAGGGGAACUGUGUAAAGUAAACUCAGCUACAGGGUAGCAGUGUUUGAAUAGUCCUUGUAAAGGUGCCCAGGCAGUUGCCAAAAUGAGUAAAAGAACAAGCAGUGACACCCCUCUAGGAAGGAUGAGUGGGGCAGCAUUUCCUUCUCCUACAGCUGAUAUGGCAGAAAUAAAUCGUAUUCAGUAUGAGAUGGAAUACACCGAAGGUAUCAGCCAGCGGAUGAGGGUCCCAGAAAAAUUAAAAGUUGCUCCACCGCCUCCUGACUUGGAGCCAGGGUUCCAAGAAGGAGUCCCAAAUGCUAGUGUCACGAUGCAGGUUCCAGAGAGGAUUGUUAUAGCAGGUAAUAAUGAAGACAUUUCAUUUUCAAGACCAGCAGACCUUGACCUUAUCCAGUCAACACCCUUCAAACCCUUGGCGUUAAAAACACCUCCCCGUGUUCUGACACUAAGUGAGAGACCACUUGAUUUUCUGGACUUAGAAAGGCCCAUCCCUCCAACCCCUCAAAAUGAAGAUGAAAAGUCUCAUUUGGAGGAAGAGCCCAGCCAUCAGCAAGUCCGUGCAACUGGCAGGCUGAAAAGGGAGAGGUCUAUGAGUGAAAAUGCUGUACGACAAAACGGACAGUUGGUCAGAAACGAUUCCAUGUGGCUCAGAUCAGAUUCUGCCCCAAGAAAUAAAAUUUCAAGGUUCCAGUCAUCGCUUUCAGCCCCGGAAUACACUGUGACACCAUCACAACAACAGGCGCGUGUCUGUCCUCCCCAUAUGUUACCCGAAGAUGGAUCUAAUCUUUACUCUGCUCGGGGCAUUUUGUCGUUUAUCCAGUCUUCUACUCGUAGGGCUUACCAGCAGGUCUUGGAUGUGCUGGAUGAAAACCGCAGUUUGAGAAGACAAAAUGAAAUGCGAUGUGAAAGGCCAGUGUUACGUGGGGGGUCCGCGGCUGCCACUUCUAACCCUCAUCAUGAUAUCAGAUACGGUCUUUCAACUUUGGAUGCAACAAUUGAAGGAACACCAGAUGACGUGACUGUUGUAGAUGCUGCUUCCCUAAGACGUCAGAUAAUCAAACUUAAUCGACGUCUCCAACUUUUGGAAGAGGAAAACAAAGAACGUGCAAAAAGAGAGAUGGUCAUGUAUUCGAUUACCGUAGCUUUCUGGCUGCUUAAUAGCUGGCUUUGGUUUCGCCGCUAGAGGUCACCUCAGCUCUUAACAUACUUGUCAUAACACCUGGAAAUAUAAAGCAUUUGCAAACUUCUUUGUUUCUGUCUCUGCAUUGUAUGUAUGCCGUUUGAUAAUCCAUGCACUGAAAAUGUAUUUCUUUGGGAAAGAACAAAGGACCUAGAACAGAAUUGAAGGGACAUCCUAUUGCUUGGUUGUAUUUUUUUUUUAAUCAUAUUUGCGGUAACACCUUCUUAAAAUAAACUCCCUUUGCAUGUUUUGUAAAUAAGCCUAAAUUUGUUUUUGAAAAGAUUUGCUUCUCUUGCCUACAUGAGAACAGACUGCACCAGUUCUCUGGGUAGUAGAGAGGGCUUAUAAAAUGGAUUUGCAAAAGUAUUUGUAAAAAACAGUAGUGUCUGUUUUUGUCUGCGUUUGAAACAGUUAGAUGAAAUCGUUUGUGAUUAGACACUUUUGCACCAGCUUCCCUUUAGCUGACAUGCACACUUUGAACAUUGCCACCUGGUGCCAGAUUCAAAAGAACUAAGUCACCUAUUUCGUAAGUAUCUUCAUUGAGCACAUGUACAGAAUAGAUUAAAGGAAUUCUUGCUAACAUUUCAGCAGAUUAUCCAGGGGUGUGUGUGAUAUGUAUUUUCUUAUUUUAGUCUUAAUUUUGCAGAUGUUUUUCUAUGAAAUACAUUUUUAAGCAAGUCCACGUGUGAGUGAUUUAAAAGAUUACGGAAAAGGUACCGAUGUAGUGUAUUUAAUAAACUGUCAAACUAAAGCAA